AUGUUCCCUGUUGUUUUAAUGAUUCAGCAGAUGGAACGCGAAAAUCAAUUAAGGCAGCUUCGUGAAGAACACAGGAGGCUUCGGGAUAUAAGCGACCCAUUUUCAUUGCCAGAUACCCAUUUUAUCCAUCUUUAUCGUGUCGACAAGGAUUUGGUAAACCAUCUACUCCAGGAACUUCGCCAAUAUAUGGACAUAGCAUAUAGAACAUCUCGUGUGAAUUAUCAACAAAGAAUCCUCGCAGCACUAAGAUUCUAUGCUACUGCGAACUACCAAAGAGGCGUUGGCCAGGAGUAUCUGCUAGCUGUAAGUCAGCGAAUAGUUAGUAGAGCUGUAGAGGAGGUUGCCAGGAUUCUAGUACUUCACUUUAGUAAUGAUUGGAUUCAAUUUAAUAAUGCAGAGUGA